UUUAGGGGUGAACUACGUCUGUCUGGCUUAAAAUGUACGACGAAAAAUUAAUCGAAUGUGUAAAGAAGUACCCUGUGCUUUAUGAUAUGUCAGAUCCUAAGUAUUUGGAUUCCAAAUACAAGAUUUCGGUAUGGACUGCAAUCGCAAGUGAAAUUAACGAAACCAGUAACGCUUGUAAAAAUAGGUGGACUAAUAUCAGAGAUCAAUUCAAAAGAAAUCUCAACAAACGUAAAACAAAAAGCGGUCAAGCUGUAUAUAUAAAAAAAUACAAAUAUGAAGAAGAGCUGGAGUUCUUAUUACCUCAUAUACAAAACCGAAACACAGUAAGCAAUGAAUACGAAAGCGUUUCUGAAGAGAGUCGACAUGACAUAGAAUCCAAUGAAACUGCAGAAAAUGACUACGACGUCCCUAUUGUCCCAUUGACAGACAAUCGAACUCAUAAUCAUUCUACGUCUCAGUCAACAUUACAAAAUAUAACUCAAGUCAACGCAUCACAAAGUCGUAAGCGUCACCGAAACCAUGCCUCUCGAUCUUUGGAACAACCUUCAGCUUCCGUGUCACAAACCAUAAUGGAAUAUAUUAUUAAUAAUAAUAAAGAAAAGGCAGAAAACCUUCAUCCAAUAGAUGCGUUUCUCAAAGGUUUGGCACCUACAGUUAAACAAUUUUCACCGUAUUAUCAACAUCUCGCAAGAGGAAGAAUUUUUCAAGUUGUGCAAGAUCUCGAACUGGAGCAGUUAUCUGCUGAACCUAAGUCAUUUGCCGUAUCGUCGCCGUUGCAGUCCUCUCCAAAUCAAUCGCCGGAAUCACCACAUUCACAGUCGCAAUAAAUGGGCAUCAUCUGGCACUUAUUUCAAUCUCUGAAAUUAACACAACUGGCGCCCAAUGAUAGGUACUACAGAAUAUUCUGCAGCAGCUAUUUUUUGUCUUAUUCACUUGCUUUUAUGAAGAUCAACAAGUAGAUAUGAUCUUAGGAUAACUUUAAAACUAAAUUCUUGACGAAAUGUAAAACGAUUGUAGCAAUGAAGAACAAUUCCUUUUUGAAGCACUUUGCCGAUUCAACCCUGAAUAAAUAUUUUGUUGAUUACCUUUAUAUUGUGUUAUUUUAUUACCUGAGACAUACUGAUAUAAUCUUUCGUGCGUAUAUAUAAUCGUAUAUCAGAUAAGCGAAAGCUGGUCUGUAGU